AUGUUUGAAAGUUUACCCCUUAUUCGAGCUUAGCCCAUUUUUACAAUGGGUACUCAAUUCCAUAGCAAUUGAUGGAUACCUUCAUCAAGCAUCANUUAAUAAGAAGAAUAACUCUAAUCACCAGAAACACAAGAUCAAUAAGUGUUGAGACUUAGUUCUUAGAGUGAAUGUGAAGAUAACAAUGAAUAAAUAUAAGCGUAACGAGCCUUUCUCUCUGUUGAAAGAUAUCAUCUAUCAAAUAUCAAAAAGUCAGUCUCCUUUAAGAAAUAAUUGAACACAACUAAUGAAAUUCCAAAUGAAUUGAGUAAUGUAAAAGUUGUUCAAAGCUCGCAGAACUUGGAAACAGAAAAUGAGUUACAGAAAGGUAACUUGAAAACCAUAGUAAGUGAGGAUUCGUAGAGUUCCAAAGAAGAGGGAGGCGUUCAUUAGAAAAUGAAUUCUUGCUUAUUGAAAGAGGACGACAAUGUUUAGGAGAGUAUACCUUGGGACAUAGAGAAGAAUAGAUAGAAUAUUAGAAACAUUAAGACUAUGCAAAUAAAGAUUGUAGAAAAGACAAAAUAGUAAGUAAAUGAAAUCAAAAAGUUUAAGAAGGCUACAAUUAAAAAUAUUAAUAGGGAAGCUUUAUUUGAUACUCAAUUAAAUGAAGAUCGAAAAUCAAAGGUCUUAUCAGCUGAAGAUAUUUAAACAGAAAUAUAAGCAGAAUAAAAAUAAAUAAAAACAGCUAAUCUAAAUGCAGAUAAAAAUGUCAUAAUUAAAAUUCAAAUUUUGAUAUAUGCAGGAGUAUUCCUAGAAAUUUGUUUUGGUCUAUUAUCUAUUGUAAUUUUAUUAACUGAUCUAUUGAAAACACCUACAGGUUAGAAAUCAUUAAAUUAAUGUAGGAACUCUAUGUUAUUUAUAUAUUUCAGCAUUGCUAUAGUACCUAUCCUUGAUUGCAGUGUUGAAGUUAUUUAAAGACGUGAGAAGUCCAGAAGUCUUAAAUCUAAUUUGGAUUUAAAAAGUAGGAAGUGGCAAAAACAAAGUCAACCAAAAGUUUUUCUUUACGAUUCCACAGUUAUAAACUAAAGUAGACGAUUCAAAGAAGAAAUUUGAACAAAGAAUCAAUUUGCAUCUUAGAUGA